AUGCCAGAAAACGUUAGAUGUCUGCUUUUUCUCAGCUUUAUUCUAUUGUUUGUUUAUGGAAUCCCUUCCCCAAACUCAAUUUUGCAUCCAUAUUCUCCUUUGGGCUCUUUUUCAGAUCCCAUUAAAGAUCUCUCUGCACCAGUAUGCAAUAAAUACAAGUGUCAGGAAUCCUCCCAAGAUUAUAAUAGCUGUUCAUAUUUCGAACAGGACGAGUCUACAUUCUACGUCAAACCUUGCUCUGACCCAUCUUAUUCUUGCAGCGUGCUCAUAGAUAAAUUAAACUAUACCUGCCAAUUAAAGACCCCAACCCCAACUUCCUUUCCUGGAGACAAGUGUAGUUCUAUAGACGACUGUUAUGGAGGAUAUUCUCAAUCAUGCACUAAUGGUAUUUGCAUAGGCCGAAAAAUAGGAGAUGCCUGCACAUCAAGUUAUCAAUGCAGCCCUAACAGCACAUGCAGAGAAAUUAAUGGAAACCUUCAAUGUGCACCUCUUUUAGAAAUCGGAGAGACAGGCUGCUCUCAGGAAUUUGAUUGUGUUUAUAAUGCUGGCUGCAAUUUUACGUCCUCUUCUAACGUUUGUGUGGCAUAUGGUUCUUUAUCUCCGGGAACUGAAAUUUUAGUAAAAACUUGCAACUUAUCGGAAAAUUUAUGCAGCUCCCACACUUGCUUGCAGAGGGCUGCUGGUGAUGAGACUGCAGUUUGCACUGGAGAAGUCAGCUCAAACGCUCAAAUCCCGAUUGCUUGCAACUCUCCACAGACAUAUACUAAUCAAUGCAUUUCUAAACUAGACAAUUAUACCAAUUGGGAGACUUCAUCGGUGUGCUCUUGUGGGUAUAAUAGUGAUGGAAAUGCAUACUGUGACUUAUUGCCAGGCGAUGCUCCUAUGCAAGCCUAUUACAGAGAGCUUAAAAAGUGGCAAGAAAGCAGCGCAAUCAAAAAUUGUAACACGAUUUGGAGAUAUCCGAUGUAUAAUGGACUUAAUUUGCAGUGCGCCGAAAACAAUUAUGAGAAAUCAAGCUAUGAAAGCUUCUUUUACUGGUUUUUGUAUACUACUCUUUAUGUCGAAGUAUAUGAAGCUGAAGAUUGCGUCUUGAAAACAUUUUAUCCUGUUUAUUAUAGUAUGAAGAAUUCAAAUGGAGGAGAUAAUGAUGAUAGCGCUAGGGAAAUAGCCUUAGCUUCGCUAUUGCUUCUCUUCAGUAAUUAA